AUGAAUAAAGUCACGGUUAUAAUAACUCGUUCAGAUACCAAAACAGACAAGAGAGGAAGAUAUGGAAAAUUAAUAUUUGGUUAUGAUAGAGGUGAAAAAUACAAAGAAGAAGAUAGUGGAACACAAAGUGCUAGCAAAAAAUGUGGUUGUCCUUUCAAAAUUAGGUCAACACUGUCAAAAGAUGGUUUUGGAUGGAAGAUUGAUGUAAAAUGUGGACUUCACAACCAUGGCUUACCUGAUAGAUUUGAAGGUCACGCGUUUGUAGGUCGACUAAAUGCAUAUGAACAGCAACAUAUUGUUGGUUUGAGAAAACGUCAUGUUCCACCAAGACACAUACUAUUGUCAUUGCAAGAGCAAGAUAUAGAGAAUGUCACUCGAAGCAGGCAACUAUAUAAACAUAAGGUCGACUAUGCAUUUCUGUUUUGGUUUCAUAUCAACAAAAAUGUGAAAUCAGAGUGUGUGGAAUAUGUUGUGAAUGAUAUGCGAGAGCCGAUAAAGAAAAUGUGGUCUGAACUUGUAAGAGCUAGUGAUGAGGUGGAAUACCAUCAACGGUUGCAAUAG